AUGCCCCAUCAAGAUGAUCCUGGUCCCUCGACUCAGGCACCUCAAAUCCAUAUAACAACAACACCAGAUCUCGUCCAACCUUCCACCGUACCAUCGCAUCCAUCUCCGACUGACGAACAAACCAGAAGCCGAUCACCUGGGAGGAAAAGAGAUCGAGGUAGAGAUAGACAGUCAUCGUCUGGCCAUGUCAAACAUGCUUCGUUCGCUCUUGCUGGUGAAGGUGGGGAAGAGAAUGACGAUGCGAACAUCAACACUAACCUGGGAACACCCCGUCCGGUCACUUCCCGUCUAGAGUCCAAUUCGAGUGAUUCGGUAAAAGAGAAGGUAGAAGGUGGACUUGAGAGGAGAAGUUGGAUGAACAAGGUGAUAUUGCUAAGUAGAUUGAGAGCGAGGAAGAUAGUGGGACAUAAAUGGUUUAAAUGGGUUGGUCCGAAAUUGACUUGGAAGGAUAUGAGACCAGUUGCAAGGGGAUCAUUCUCGAGUUGGGUCGGAUUGGUAUUGCUCCUCAUAGUACCGGUGGAAAGAGCGAUAGGUCAAGCUGCAUUCUUCUCACUCAUCGUCGCUUUCAUGUUACCGCCGAGUCAACCUGUAGUACAGCAAUUUGAAGUGUAUCUGAACUUAUUUUUCUUCAACGGACUAGCUUGGGCAUGGGUCGCUCUUGCCGUGUUCAUCGCCGGCAAAACAAGACAAACGACAGAUCCUUCCAAGAUCGCAGCGGCAGAAGCGAAGUACGCCUACCUGAGAGACAGCAACCCGACGACAUAUCGAGAAAGGAUAUUGUACGAUGGGACAUACCUUCAGGCGAAACCAGCUGUCGUAUGCGCUAUCUUCCUAGCCGUCGGUACAGGCGCAGCAUUAUGGUGGAAGCUGCGAACUCAACCUAGUCCAGCAACCUUCCCUUUAGUCCUUUCUUGUGUUCUGAUAGAUAUCGGAUUGACGACUGCUGUAUUCUACCCUUACAACCUUUAUACUUCGGGUCUACUUUUCUUCCUUCCUAUGGCUAUCCAAGCGGGAUUAGGAUGUAUAGCUACGCUGUUCAUCUUUCCUGAAUCGGUCGGUCAUUCUUUCCAGUCGAAAUUCCCUGGUAUCCUCAACCCUCUUGCAGCAGCGAUGAAAUCGAUUGAAUUGCUUUUCCAAGAAGCUAAAACCAUUCCCUCUGAUCUCAAUGGUGAUGCGGGAUUGUCGUCGACAAACGAAGCAAGGAGGGAAAAAGAAUUUGCCGAAAAAUUGGAAGAUUGGGCGGAGAGAAGUAAAGAUAUUCGUCAACAACUCUUACAAUCCUUGGCUGGAUUACCUCCCUUACGAGCUCAACAGAGAUACCUCAAUGUGGAUUUCAGUUACAGUCGGUUAUCAGGUGAAGAUCUCCGGACAUUAUUCGAUCAUCUUGCUCUGGUUCAAGCCCGAUCGGGUGGAAUGGCUUUUUUCUUCGAUGUGAUUGUUACCAACGCUAGACAUACACACUUGGAUUCCUCAGCAUGGUCAGUAUACAAGGUCAAUCAAUCUCGUCCUGGGUCCAGAGCAGCUUCGAUACGAAAUGAAAAUGCAGCGGACGACAGUAGAAGAGAAAGUUUGGCGGAUGACAGUCUGGCUGGUGGGGAUGGGACUGUCACGCCUCCGAUCGAUCAUGAUGAUUCUACGGAUAAUUUGGCGCACGAACGAAGUUCAUAUUUCAAUGGGAAGAAAUUGCAUUUCGCAUCCUUCAUCAGGAAGAGCAGUUCAGCCCAUGGGUUAAACAGGGAUAAAGGUAGUCAUGUUUCUUUGCUUGAUCAUUUGAGGAAGAUUCAACAACCUGUGGGAGUAUAUGAGAGUACGAGAUAUAUGGAUAUUGAAAAGGCUUUCGCUAGUGAUACUGAAUACGUGCUUGAACAGCUCAAUAUCCUGGCUCGAGGAUGUCUUCCCGUCAUACGAGCUUGUGAAGCUGCUCUUUCAACUUCCACCAGUUGGAUCUUGAAUGUCAACCGAGAUCGCAGGGUCAUUCCCAAGCUACACAAAAAGCGACAAGAUCAGAUAUCAGCCAAUGGAUCGAGCGAGAAGAGAUCACCUGAAGCUAUCAACAAGCUCAUACAAGUUACGAAUGACCUUCAAGCUGCUUUAGAUGAGUUUUGCGUCAUAAGGGUGGAAGUGAUCAAACCUUAUAGACAUCUCUUUGAUCCCAACCAUCCAGCUGAUGAAGGUAUACAUGGAUCGGACAAGACAAACUUCCGGGGAUUAUUCCAAAACUUCGUCGCCCAAUAUCAUUUGAUCGAAUUCACUGAGGCCUUACUCAAUCUAUUGAGGCAAAUGCAAGAAUUGGAUAAAUCCCGUCAGAGAAGGAGGUUUUGGUAUCCUCGCAUGUCAAACCUGCUUGCUCAUCUUCGACAUACUCAUAAGGAGAAACAUCUGACAGAUGGCGAUGAUGGACAUGAUAAUGAUGCUGCAUUUUCCCGAGGUGACGAGGACGAGGAUCAAUUCCUUGGUGAAGCCAAAAAGCGAAAUCCCGAAUACAAACCUUUCGAGAACCCUUAUCUAAAUGUCAUUUCUCGCUUGGCGACGAUCACCGAUAUACUGGGAAGUAGAAGUUUCAUGUAUGCUAUCAAAGCUGCUAUAUUGGGAGCUUUGACGAGUUUACCCAAUUUUAUCGCUUCGUCUGCUUCGUUUUAUUACUUCAAUAGAGGUAUCUGGGUGACUAUCAUGGCUCAAUUGACCUUGGCGGUCUUCUCAGGAGAUACCACGGUCGCUUGGCUCGGGAGAGUCGUGGCUUCGUUUUGGGGAUGCUUGUUUGGGAUGGUAGCGUGGUAUAUUGGCAGUGGCUCUGGUAAAGGCAAUGCAUACGGCCUGGCAGCGAUAGGCGCGGUCACUUUCCCAAUUGCCAUCUUCUUCCGAGUCCACUUCCCCGGUCAAGUUUUGACGGCGGUGAUGACACCUGUGACUUUUGGCUUGUCAUACUUUAACGGAUCUAUUGGACCUUUGACCUACGCUCAAUGGGGUUGGGACGUGGCGUGGCGUCGGUUCCUCUGUGUAUUGAUCGGUAUCACAGCGGCAUGGAUAUUCUCGUAUAUUCCGCCUGUUUAUUCGGCAAAACGAGCUAUCCGACAUUCGUACGCCCAAACCAUCAACGCAGCUGGGUCGAUCUUCUGUGAUGUUCUAUCUCAUGCUAACGAUCAUCACCAUCGCUUGAGAGAAGACGAUGAGAUUAGGCAGAAGUUGAUAACCUGGCGAAGUAAAUUGAACAAGCUUGGAGCUCGACACAAUUUCGCUUCGAACGAGUAUUCACUCCGGGGACAGUGGCCCGAAGAGAGGUAUAAAGCUUUACUCGAUACCCUUCAAGACUUGUUUUCACUGCUAUCUCAACUGAAUCAUGUUCUCACUCAACUCGAUAGACCAUGGCGAAAAGCAUUACUCGAUCGUACCAGAUUAUCCGACCCGACUUUCCUCGGUGACGUGUUAGCCGUGUUGAGUAUGUGUUCGACCGCUCUAAGAGCAGGUACAGCAUUGCCUCAAAUCACACCUAGUCCGCUGGUGGCUAGAUUUAGAAUGGGUAAAACGAAAGGACUGGAUUUACCCCAUGAUCCUACUGAUCAAUCGGGUGAUUUACCUAGUUUGGUCACUGUAGAUGUGUUAGAAUCGGAUAACUAUCUAAGAUAUGCUCUGGGUAUCACUACUACUUUCUCGUUGAUAUCGAGGUUGGAUAGGAUCGUUGUAAUUUGUAAAACAUUGUUAGGAGAGAAUUUCCAUAUAUCGGGACUGCAUCUCGAACAAAAUCAUAGGGUAUGA